GUGCGACAUGAUUCACUUUAUUGAGGUCCCCCCGGCCCCCGCCCCAAACCCACUUGUUCUUCUCACUCAGCUCUCUCGCUCGUCUUCCUCUUCCUCCCAUUACAAACUCACUCUUUAGUAUUUGCACAAAUCGCUGAUUCAGAAACGAAUCUGCAAACAAAAUGCGUCUUCUUCCUCUUCUUCUCCUUUGUCUUCUGCAACUUCACAUUCACCAUUGUUGUUCAGCUCGUGUUUCUGAGUAUCGAGCUCUGCUCUCGCUUAGAACCUCCAUUUCUGGUGACCCCAAAUCCUCGCUCUCUUCGUGGAAUGCUUCCACCAGUCACUGUACUUGGUUUGGGGUUACUUGCGAUGUUCGUCGCCAUGUCACUGCCCUUGACCUCUCUGGUCUCGGGCUUUCUGGUUCUCUUUCGCCUGAUGUGGCCUAUUUGAGGUUUCUUACUAAUCUUUCUCUUGCGUCCAAUGAUUUCUCGGGUCCAAUCCCGCCGGAGAUUUCUUCCAUUUCUUCUCUUCGGUUCCUGAACCUGUCUAAUAAUGUCUUCGAUGGGUCGUUCCCUACGCAGCUUUCGCAGCUUCGGAAUCUGCAGGUUCUUGAUUUGUAUAACAACAAUAUGACUGGGGAUUUCCCCAUUGUCGUUACUGAAAUGAUGAGCCUCCGCCAUUUGCAUUUGGGUGGAAAUUUCUUCGCCGGAGCGAUUCCGCCGGAAGUCGGUCGGAUGGAGUCCUUGGAGUACUUUGCGGUUUCUGGUAACGAACUCGGCGGUUCCAUACCGCCGGAAAUCGGGAACUUGACGAAUCUUCGUGAGCUUUACAUUGGCUACUUCAACGCGUACGUCGGCGGGAUUCCGGCUGAGAUUGGGAAUUUGUCGGAGUUGGUACGGUUGGACGCGGCCAACUGUGGACUCUCUGGUCGGAUUCCACCGGAGCUCGGAAAGCUGAAGAACCUGGAUACGCUGUUUCUUCAAGUAAAUGGUCUAUCUGGGCCAUUGACGCCGGAGAUUGGAGAGUUGAAUGGCUUGAAAUCGUUGGAUUUGUCGAACAAUAUGCUUGUGGGUGAGAUUCCCAGCUCGUUCUCCGAUCUCAAGAACUUGACGCUGUUGAAUCUGUUUAGAAACAAGCUUCAUGGAGCGAUUCCUUCCUUUAUUGGGGACUUGCCAAAGCUGGAGGUGUUGCAGUUAUGGGAGAAUAAUUUCACGGAAGCGAUUCCACAGAACCUGGGCAAGAACGGAAUGCUUCAGAUUUUGGAUCUUUCUUCCAACAAGCUCACCGGAAAUCUUCCUCCCGAUAUGUGCUACGGUAAUCGCCUUCAAACUCUCAUCGCAUUGAGCAAUUUCUUGUUUGGUCCAAUCCCAGAGUCGCUAGGCAAAUGUGUUUCGCUUAAUCGGAUUCGUAUGGGGGACAAUUUUCUUAAUGGAUCUAUCCCAAAGGGGCUUCUCAGUCUGCCGGACCUCUCUCAGGUUGAGUUACAGGACAAUUACCUCUCCGGCGAGUUCCCUGUAACCGAUUCAAUCUCCGUCAAUCUGGGCCAGAUUAGUCUCUCGAACAAUCGCCUCUCCGGGUCGAUUCCACCCACUAUCGGCAACUUCUCCGGCGUCCAGAAACUACUCCUCGACGGAAAUAAAUUCUCCGGUCAAAUCCCACCUGAGAUUGGGCGGUUACAGCAACUCUCAAAGAUUGAUUUCAGUAACAACAAGUUUUCAGGUCCAAUCGCACCGGAGAUUAGCCAAUGCAAGCUGCUAACCUUCGUCGAUCUCAGUCGGAACGAGCUCUCCGGUGAAAUUCCAAACGAGAUUACGAGUAUGAGAAUAUUGAAUUACCUAAAUCUUUCAAAGAACCAUUUAAUCGGUGGAAUCCCAGCUUCCAUAGCCAGUAUGCAGAGUUUGACCUCUGUAGAUUUCUCAUACAACAACCUCUCCGGCUUAGUUCCGGGAAGUGGGCAAUUCAGCUACUUCAAUUACACAUCGUUUCUGGGCAAUCCUGAUCUCUGCGGCCCAUAUUUAGGACCAUGCAAAGAUGGGGUCGCCAAUAGCAAUUACCAACAACAUGUAAAAGGUCCCUUCUCUGCUUCCCUUAAGCUCCUCCUUGUAAUUGGUCUGCUUCUUUGCUCAAUUGCAUUUGCAGUGGCUGCAAUCAUCAAAGCUCGAUCAUUGAAGAGAGCCAGUGAGUCUCGGGCUUGGAAAUUAACAUCCUUCCAACGCCUAGAUUUCACAGUUGAUGAUGUUCUUGAUUGCUUGAAAGAGGACAACAUCAUUGGAAAAGGAGGUGCUGGAAUUGUGUAUAAAGGGGCGAUGCCUAGUGGUGACCACGUUGCUGUCAAAAGACUGCCGGUAAUGAGCCGAGGGUCUUCCCACGACCAUGGAUUCAACGCUGAGAUACAAACUCUUGGGAGGAUUCGACAUAGACACAUUGUUAGGUUAUUGGGAUUUUGUUCAAAUCAUGAGACAAAUCUUUUGAUUUAUGAGUAUAUGCCUAAUGGGAGCCUGGGGGAAGUUCUUCAUGGGAAAAAAGGAGGUCACUUACAAUGGGACACAAGGUAUAAGAUUGCCAUUGAAGCUGCCAAAGGGCUUUGCUAUCUCCAUCAUGAUUGCUCGCCGCUCAUUGUUCAUCGAGAUGUCAAAUCAAACAACAUACUUCUUGACACUAAUUUUGAAGCUCAUGUAGCUGAUUUUGGCCUGGCCAAGUUCUUGCAGGAUUCCGGCACUUCUGAGUGCAUGUCUGCCAUUGCUGGUUCUUAUGGAUAUAUUGCUCCAGAAUACGCUUACACGCUGAAAGUUGAUGAGAAGAGUGACGUGUAUAGCUUUGGAGUUGUGCUCUUAGAGCUUGUCAGCGGAAGAAAACCGGUCGGAGAAUUCGGGGACGGUGUUGACAUAGUCCAAUGGGUUAGAAAAAUGACAGACUCAAACAAGGAAGAGGCAGUGAAAAUCCUUGAUCCAAGGCUGUCCUCCAUCCCUCUCCAUGAAGUGUCACACGUCUUCUAUGUUGCAAUGCUGUGCGUCGAAGAACAGGCGGUGGAGCGCCCGACGAUGCGGGAAGUGAUCCAAAUCCUGUCGGAGAUCCCACAGCCACCAUGUUCAAAACCAGGAGACUCAGCACUCCCAAACUCCUCACCACCACCUGCAGCAGGGGCAGUAGCAUUGGACCCUCCAACAACAGGAACCAAGAACAAAAAGGAGCAGCAGCAGCAGCAGCCGCCACCGGAUCUUCUUAAUCAAAAUUCAAAAGAAGAAAUGACAAACAGAAAGCAUUCAAAAUUUGUAUGCAAAAAGAUGAGAUUUUUUGCCAUUAUUCUCCUUCUGCACCUGCAAAUUCUGCAACUUUACUUUUCCCCUGCCUUCUCUGCAUCCCUGACUGAAUCACAGGCCCUUCUCUCCUUCAAAAACUCCAUCUCCGAUGACCCUCGUUCUUCUCUCUCCUCCUGGAACGCCGCCGUCGACCCCUGUACCUGGGCUCGCGUCACAUGCGAUGCCCGUGGCCAUGUCCUCGCCCUCCACCUCUCUUCUCUCGACCUUUCCGGCACCCUUUCUCCUCAUCUUGCCUCUCUUCCGUUUCUCACCAAUGUUUCCUUCCAACUCAACAAAUUCUCCGGCGGAAUCCCCCCGGAGUUUGCCUCCAUGUCUUCUCUCCGCCAUCUUAAUCUCUCUAGCAACCUCCUCAACGGCUCGAUUCCUAGCGAGUUUUCGCAGCUGAAGAAUCUACAAGUUCUCGAUGUUUAUAACAACAACAUGACCGGCGUUUUCCCCAGAGUCGUCACUGAAAUCCCCAAUCUUCGCCAUUUACACCUUGGGGGAAAUUUCUUCUCCGGUCGAAUCCCUCCGGAGAUUGGACGCUUGCAGUUCUUGGAGUUUCUGGCGAUUCAUGGUAACGACCUUGAAGGUCCGAUUCCGGCAACGAUCGGAAACUUGACGAACCUUCGACAACUCUUCAUUGGUUACUACAACACCUUCGUCGGUGGAAUACCAGCGGCGAUAGGAAACUUAUCGGAGUUAGUUCUGUUAGACGCCGCGAGCUGUGGUUUGUCCGGAAAGUUCCCGCCGGAGCUCGGAAAGUUGCAGAAGCUCACUAAACUAUUCCUUCAAGAAAAUGCUCUGUCUGGAUCAUUAACAGAGCUAGGAGGAUUGAAGAACAUACAAUCAUUGGAUAUAUCAUGCAAUAUGCUUGUUGGUGAAAUACCCAUCUCUUUUGCAGAGUUCAAGAACUUGACACUAUUGCACCUUUUCGACAAUAAGCUCUCCGGUGAGAUUCCGGGAUUCAUGGGUGACCUCCCAAACUUAGAGAUAUUGCAAUUAUGGAACAAUAAUUUCACUGGUUCGAUUCCUCCGAAUUUGGGGAAGAACAAACUGCUUCUGUUUCUCGAUCUUGCUUUCAACCAGUUGACAGGCACAAUUCCUUCUGAAAUUUGCCAUGGCGAUCAUCUUGAAGUUUUGAUCCUUAUGGGCAAUUCCUUACAUGGUUCCAUCCCAGAAUCGUUAGGAAAUUGUACAUCGCUUAGGCGUAUACUUCUGUGGGGCAACGCUCUCAAUGGAUCAAUUCCAAAGGGGCUUUUGGGUUUGCCAAAUCUCACUCAAAUUGAUUUGCACGACAAUUUUCUCUCCGGAGAACUUCCCAUUACCGAUUCAGCCUCAGUUAACCUUCUUCAGAUCAGUUUAUCCAACAAUAUGAUCUCUGGAUCUUUGCCGCCCACCAUCGGCAACCUUCUGGCUGUCCAGAAGCUUCUUCUUGAUCGGAAUAAGUUUUCCGGUGAGAUUCCUUCGACGAUUGGGAGAUUACAGCAACUAUCUCGGAUAAAUUUCAGCCAGAAUAAAUUCUCCGGUAGAAUUGUGCCGGAGAUAAGUGAGUGCAAGCACUUGAUCUUCCUUGAUCUUAGUGGAAAUGAGCUUUCAGGUGAAAUUCCUAAUAAUAUUACCAACAUGAAAUUAUUGACAUACAUGAAUCUUUCAAGAAACCAUUUAGUUGGGUCAAUUCCUGCUUCCAUAGUUCAUAUGCAGAGCUUAACUUCUGUGGAUUUUUCAUAUAACAAUCUCUCUGGUUUGGUUUUGGGAACUGGGCAAUUUGGUUACUUCAAUUACACAUCAUUUCUUGGCAACCCUUAUCUGUGUGGAGCCUAUUUAGGGCCUUGCAAUCAUCAAGAACAUAUGAAGGUCUCCCUCUCAACUCCUCUCAGGCUCCUCCUAGUUUUUGGAUCGUUUUUCUGUUUAUUUGCUUUGACUGUUGCUUUGAUCUUCAAAGUUCGGUCAUUGAGGAGAGCAAGGGAGUUUCAAGGAUGGAGAUUAACAGCCUUCCAACGCUUGGGUUUCUCGGUUGAUGAGGUCUUGAAUUGCCUUAAGAAGGAAAAUGCUAUUGCAAAAGGAGGUUAUGGCACGGUAUAUGAAGGAGUGAUGCCUAGUGGUGAUCAGGUCACUGUGAAGAGACUUCCAAAGAUGAGCGAUGGGUGUUCUAAUGACGACGGGUUCGAUACCGAGAUACAAGCUCUUGGGAGGAUUCGACACCGUCACGUUGUUAGAUUAUUGGGUUUUUGUUCAAACCAUGACACUGGUCUUUUGGUAUAUGAGUACAUGCCUAAUGGGAACCUCUAUGAGGUUCUUCAUGGCAAGAAAGGAGGCCAUUUGCUUUGGGAUACGAGGUACAAGAUAGCCAUUGGAAUUGCGAAUGGACUCUGCUACCUUCACCACCAUUGCUCACCGCCGAUCGUUCAUCGAGAUGUGAAAUCGAACAACAUUAUGCUCGACACCAAUUUUGAUCCUCAGCUUGCCAAUUCUGGGCUCGCGAAGUUCUUACAAGAUGCGGGCACAUUGGAUCGAUCAGCUCUUGCACCAGAACAUGUCGACGAGAAGUGGGAUGUAUAUAGCUUUGGCGUCGUCCUCUUCGAACUUGUUAGCGGUAGGAAUCCAGUUGGUGAAUUAAGCGACGGUGUGGACCUAGUCGAAUGGGUUAGAAAAAUGACGAACUCAGAAAAGGAAGGAAUACAUAAAAUGGUUGAUCAAAGACUCUCUUGUGUCCCCCUCGACGAGGUGAUGCACGUUCUCAACGUCGCCAUGCUCUGCACCGAAGAAGAGGCAGCAAAGCGCCCCACGAUGCAGGAAGUCGUGCGAAUCUUAUCGGAGCAUCAGCAACAAUGAUUCUCAAACGAGGUAGAGAUAGCUGAAUCAUGAUCAUAGUGUUCAGUUGAACACGAGAAGUUACUGUUUUAGAGUCUCCUGCUAGAACAAAAAGCAAGCAUUAUGCAUUCACAGGCAGCCUUGUCUCUUGAAGCAUGUGCUGAUGAUGUGUGUUAGGAAUUAGGAGUGUAUGUACCUGCAAGUGUGUGUCUGCUUUUUGGGGUUUUUGUUGGGAUGGGAUGGGCUAUGGCAUCCUCCUACUGUGCGAUGUACUGCUAGUGGUACCAUCUCCCACUACAUAAACACACUGCUCUUUCAGUAUUGUUCACCUUCUGUACUUGUACUAAAAAAAAACUCAUGAAUUUCAGUUUUCUU